AGUUCAAGAGCGCCCUCAUCUGGAUUAUAGUACCUUGGUUUUAAUUUCGGCAUACAUAUAGUUCCUACUUUCCUGUUUCCGGAAAGGUAUUGAUGUAACACAGUCUGAUUUGCAAACAUCCGCUGUAGUUUAUUGCAGGAUUAUGAAAGCCGGACAGGUGACCCCCACUUUGUAACAGUGUCAGUGAAUAUACCUAGACAGAUGGCCUUGUUUGGAUGGCUUAUUUAGCUCCUCAGCUGGGACACGUUCGCAUCUUUAUCCCUGGUGUGUCCGCGCUCAGGCUGAUCGGCACGGCCGGGAUGGCCGACAUGGGUAUGGUUCUGAGUCGUUCCCCGCUGGAGCGGCUCGACUUCAACAACAUUGCGCUCAAGAAACUUCCCCUGGACUCCUCUGAAGAGCAGGGGGUAAGGCAGGUGAAGGGAGCUUGUUUCUCCCGGGUGAAGCCGCAGCCACUCACCAGGCCUCGGUUCGUGGCGGUGUCUCACGAAGCUCUCGCCCUGCUGGGGCUGAACGGAGAGGAGGUCAUGGCUGACUCUCUGGGUCCGGAGUAUCUCAGCGGAUCCAAAGUCAUGCCGGGCUCCGAGCCUGCUGCUCACUGCUACUGCGGACACCAGUUCGGCCAGUUUGCCGGCCAGCUGGGCGACGGGGCGGCCAUCUACCUGGGCGAAGUGAAGGUCCCGGCCGGCCAAGACCACGAACUGCUCCGGGAUAACCCAAGCGGCCGGUGGGAGAUUCAGGUGAAAGGAGCUGGAAAGACUCCUUAUUCCAGACAAGCUGAUGGACGUAAGGUCCUGCGCUCCAGUAUAAGAGAGUUCCUGUGCAGCGAGGUGAUGUUCUUCCUGGGUGUCCCCACCACCAGAGCAGGCUCCGUCGUCACCUCUGACAGUAGGGUUGUACGAGACGUGUACUACAGCGGGAACCCUCGUAACGAAAGAUGCUCUGUGGUUCUCCGCAUUGCUCCCACCUUCCUCAGGUUCGGAUCCUUUGAGAUCUUCAAGCAGGCCGACGAAUUCACGGGUCGUCAGGGUCCCAGCUACGGACGUGAUGAGAUCCGAAGUCAGAUGAUGGAUUAUGUCAUAGAGAUGUUUUACCCUGACAUCCAGCGAAAUCACCCUGAUAGAGUGGAGAGGAAUGUUGCUUUCUUCAGAGAGGUGAUGUGCCGCACGGCUCGACUUGUGGCUCAGUGGCAGUGUGUUGGUUUCUGCCAUGGAGUCCUGAACACGGACAACAUGAGCAUCCUGGGACUCACGCUGGACUACGGUCCAUAUGGAUUCAUGGACAGGUUUGAUCCAAACUUCAUUUGCAACGCCUCAGACAACUCUGGCCGAUACUCCUACCAGGCGCAGCCAGCUAUCUGCAGGUGGAACCUGGUGAAGCUAGCGGAGGCACUCGCUCCAGAGCUGCCGCCAGACAGGGCUGAGGCCGUUAUUGAUGAGUACCUCGAUCUGUAUAAUGGCUUCUACCUGGAGAACAUGAGAAAGAAAGUCGGCUUAUUAAAGAAAGACGAGCCGGAGGAUGAGCUCCUGAUCACAGAGCUGCUGCAGACCAUGCACAACACAGGUGCUGACUUCACCAACACCUUCCGCAGCUUGAGUCAGAUUUCCUGUCCAUCUGAGGGAGAAGGGGAAGAAGAAGAGGAGCUUGUGAGGAAAGCCACAGAGCUCCUGCUGCAGCAGUGCGCCUCCUUAGAGGAGCUCAAGGCUGCCAACAAACCCACUAUGGAUACACGAGAGCUGGCGAUGCUGCUCUCCAUGGCUCAAAGCAACCCGGCGUUGUUCCAGAUGAUCUCAGACAGAGCGACAAUUUCGAGGCAGUUGGACAUACUCAGCAAACUGAAAGACCUGAUGGAGACCAGCCAGGAAGAGCUGCAAAGCAAACAUGCGGAGGACUGGAGCGGCUGGAUCACACGGUAUAGGAAGCGUCUGGCGCGGGAGCUGGAAGGCCAGAGCGAUGUGCAGGCCGCGCAUGAGGAGAGGGUGAGGGUGAUGGACAGCACCAACCCUCGCGUGGUGCUCAGGAACUACAUCGCCCAGCAUGCAAUUGAGGCUGCAGAAAAUGGAGACUUCUCUGAGGUCCAGCGGGUCCUCAAGGUCCUGCAGAAGCCUUUCUCCUCCCAACCCGGUCUGGAGAGUCCUGCAUGGGUGGGGGGAGGCCAGGCCACCGAACAGGGGGAGAGCGAUGAAGAAGAAGAGGAGCAGCAGCAGCAGGCGGCAUCUACAUCAACAGCCAGAACUCCUGUUCCCUAUGACAGCAAGCCCCCAACCUGGGCUAAUGAAAUCUGUGUCACAUGAUCUUCGUAAUAACUUCCUUGAUUGUUUCCUGCCUAAAAUAAUAAGAGAGUUAUAAGGUAUUUUAGACAAUGUUUAUCUUUUAUCUUUUUAUGCCUGUACAACUCUCUUUUACUAUGGCAGGCAGCGUCAGGGAAGUUAGCAUGAGCCACGACACCCCAUAGGCUACCCAACUCAUACAAGGCAGACAGGGAGUGAGGUGAAUUUGAUGCACAAUUGCAAAUACAAAUAUGAUAUAUCCUAGGUUAUAUGAAAAGCUUUUAGCUGUAACUGAAAAUAGCUAAAACAAUGGAGUUCAAGUAAUUCAUUUCAAGUUCUUCAUAAAAAAUAAUUGGCUUCAACAUCAAAAAUAACCUAAUACAAGGAAUUUGGUGGAUGAAUUCUUUUUGCGGAAGCCCUACAAUGCAAAAUGCAUUAAGGGGGGCAAAAACUGGAGAAAAAAACAUGACUAUUAAACAUGAAUGUCCCAAAAUUAUAAUAAUUUGAAUAUGCAUCAAAAGACACUCAGAUCGUUCCCUGCCUGCUUAGGAUUUGAUUAGGUAUUAAUGACGAAUCUGACAACAAGUCCUUCAGUGACAUGUCUGACUCUGAAAAACUGUGGGUUGCACCUCAGAAGAAACCAAAAAAAUAACAUGAUGUGAGUGAGUGUGAGAAAGAGAUAAGUGGAAGAUUUUAGACAUAUACUGGAGUGAAAGGUAGUGAUCCAACAAGCCGCAGUUGAUAAACACGCACAAUAUUCUCCUGUUGUAGGAAGAUUUGCCUUUUGCCAUUGUCACAGCAACACUUUAUAUGCAAAGAGCCACUGACAACACAUUAGUCACCAAACAUGUUCAGUGGGCAGUUAGCGCUAGAGUCGAGCAAAGUAGAAAAUAAAACAUUGUUAGAGGAAGUAUAUUGCAGGAUGUGCCACAAAUAUGACCGCAAAUAACAAAUUUCCUUUAACUAAUAAAUCAGGACUAAUAAUAGCAUGUCAUAUUUGAAAGAGGAUCUUUUUGUUAGUUUGUCAAUCAAAACCAUUGUCAAAAUUAAAGCUGGAUUCUAGCACAAAAAAAUGACAAAUUGACAGCCAAUGAGGUUAUGUUCCGGAAUUGUAUUUUUCCUACAAAAUUAUUAAAUACAUAUGUUUAAUCUUUUCCUUAAUAAUAGCCUUAAUAUAUCCCAAUAAACUGAGCAAUCAAUGCACA